ACUUCUACAACUGAAUCACCUACUACGACAAUGACAACUGAAGCUCCAACGACAACCACAUCACCUCCUACAACCAUUACAACAGAAGCACCUAUAACAACAACUGUAGCUUCUACAACAACAACUGUAGCUCCUACGACCACUACAACAGCAGCACCUACUACUACAACUACAACUGAAGCUCCUACGACAACCACAACUGCAGCACCUACUACUACAAUGUCAACUGUAGUUCCUACGACCACUACAACAGUAGCACCUACUACUACAACUACAACUGAAGCUCCUACGACAACCACAACUGAAGUACCUACUACUACAAUGACAACUGUAGCUCCUAUGACUACUACAACUACAACUGAAGCUUCUACGACAACCACAACUACAACACCUACUACUACAAUGACAACUGUAGCUCCUACGACUUCUACAACUGAAGUACCUACUACAAUAACUACAAAUGCAGCUCCUACGACAACCACAACUGCGGCUCCUACUACAACAACUAUAGAUCCUACGACCACUACAACAGAAGCACCUACAACAACAACUGAAGCUCCAACGACAACCACACCUACUACAACCAUUCCAACAGAAGCACCUAUAACAACAACUGUAGCUCCUACGACCACUACAACAGCAGCACCUACUACUACAACUACAACUGAAGCUCCUACGACAACCACAACUGCAGCACCUACUACUACAAUGUCAACUGUAGCUCCUACGACUUCUACAACUGAAUCACCUACUACGACAACUACAACUGUAGCUCCUACGACUUCUACAACUGAAUCACCUACUACGACUUCUACAACUGAAGCUCCAACGACAACCACAUCACCUACUACAACCAUUACAACAGAAGCACCUAUAACAACAACUGUAGCUUCUACAACAACAACUGUAGCUCCUACGACCACUAGAACAGCAGCACCUACUACUACAACUACAACUGAAGCUCCUACGACAACCACAACUACAGCACCUACUACGACAAUGUCAACUGUAGUUCCUACGACCACUACGACUGCAGCACCUACUACCAUAACUACAACUGAAGCUACUACGACAACCACAACUGCAGCACCUACUACUACAAUGACAACUGUAGCUCCUAUGACUACUACAACUACAUCUGAAGCUCCUACGACAACCACAACUGCAGCACCUACUACUACAAUGACAACUGUAGCUCCUACGACUUCUACAACUGAAGCACUUACUACAACAACUACAAAUGCAACUCCUACGACAACCACAACUGCGGCUCCUACUACAACAACUAUAGAUCCUACGACCACUACAACUGAAGCACCUACAACAACAGCUGAAGCUCCAACGACAACCACAACACCUACUACAACCAUUCUAACAGAAGCACCUAUAACAACAACUGUACCUCCUACGACCACUACAACAGCAGCACCUACUACUACAACUACAAAUGCAACUCCUACGACAACCACAACUGCGGCUCCUACUACAACAACUAUAGAUCCUACGACCACUACAACAGAAGCACCUACAACAACAGCUGAAGCUCCAACGACAACCACAACACCUACUACAACCAUUCUAACAGAAGCACCUAUAACAACAACUGUAGCUCCUACGACCACUACAACAGCAGCACCUACUACAUCAACUACAACUGAAGCUCCUACGACAACCACAACUGCAGCACCUACUACUACAAUGACAACUGUAGCUCCUACGACAACCACAACUGCAGCACCUACUACUACAAAGACAACUGUAGCUCCUAUGACUACUACAACUACAACUGAAGCUCCUACGACAACCACAACUGCAGCACCUACUACUACAAUGACAACUGUAGCUCCUACGACAACCACAACUGCAGCACCUACUACUACAAUAUCAACUGUAGCUCCUACGACUUCUACAACUGAAUCACCUACUACGAAAUCUACAACUGUAGCUCCUACCACUUCUACAACUGAAUCACCUACUACGACAAUGACAACUGAAGCUCCAACGACAACCACAUCACCUCCUACAACCAAUACAACAGAAGCACCUAUAACAACAACUGUAGCUUCUACAACAACAACUGUAGCUCCUACGACCACUACAACAGCAGCACCUACUACUACAACUACAACUGAAGCUCCUACGACAACCACAACUGCAGCAUCUACUACUACAAUGUCAACUGUAGUUCCUACGACAACUACAACAGUAGCACCUACUACGAAAUCUACAACUGUAGCUCCUACCACUUCUACAACUGAAUCACCUACUACGACAAUGACCACUGAAGCUCCAACGACAACCACAUCACCUCCUACAACCAUUACAACAGAAGCACCUAUAACAACAACUGUAGCUUCUACAACAACAACUGUAGCUCCUACGACCACUACAACAGCAGCACCUACUACAAUAACUACAAAUGCAGCUGCUACGACAACCACAACUGCGGCUCCUACUACAACAACUAUAGAUCCAACGACCACUACAACAGAAGCACCUACAACAACAACUGAAGCUCCAACGACAACCACACCUACUACAACCAUUCCAACAGAAGCACCUAUAACAACAACUGUAUCUCCUACGACCACUACAACAGCAGCACCUACUACUACAACUACAACUGAAGCUCCUACGACAACCACAACUGCAGCACCUACUACUACAAUGUCAACUGUAGCUCCUACGACUUCUACAACUGAAUCACCUACUACGACAACUACAACUGUAGCUCCUACGACUUCUACAACUGAAUCACCUACUACGACAAUGACAACUGAAGCUCCAACGACAACCACAUCACCUACUACAACCAUUACAACAGAAGCACCUAUAACAACAACUGUAGCUUCUACAACAACAACUGUAGCUCCUACGACCACUAGAACAGCAGCACCUACUACUACAACUACAACUGAAGCUCCUACGACAACCACAACUACAGCACCUACUACGACAAUGUCAACUGUAGUUCCUACGACCACUACGACUGCAGCACCUACUACCAUAACUACAACUGAAGCUCCUACGACAACCACAACUGCAGCACCUACUACUACAAUGACAACUGUAGCUCCUACGACUUCUACAACUGAAGCACCUACUACAACAACUACAAAUGCAACUCCUACGACAACCACAACUGCGGCUCCUACUACAACAACUAUAGAUCCUACGACCACUACAACAGAAGCAGCUACAACAACAGCUGAAGCUCCAACGACAACCACAACACCUACUACAACCAUUCUAACAGAAGCACCUAUAACAACAACUACAACUGCAGCUCCUACUACAACAACUGUAGCUCCUACGACCACUACAACAGCAGCACCUACUACGACAACUUCAACUGAAGCUCCUAUGAAAACCACAACUGCAGCACCUACUACUACAAUGACAACUGUAGCUUCUACGACAACAACUAUAGCUCUUACGCCCACUACGACUGCAGCACCUACUACCACAACUACAACUGAAACUCCUACGACAACCACAACUGCUGCACCUGCUACGACAACUACAACUGAAGCUCCUUUGACUACUACAACAGCAGCACCUACUACUACAACUACAACUGAAGCUCUUACGACAACCACAACAGCAGCACCUACUACUACAAUGAAAACUGUAGCUCCUACGACUUCUACAACUGAAUCACCUACCACGACACUUGCAACUUCAGCUCCUACGACAACCACAACUGCAGUUCCUACUACAACAACUUUAGAUCCUACUACCACAACAACAAAAGCCCCUACAACAACAACUGUAGCUCCUACAACUUCUACAACUGAAGCACCUACUACAACAACUACAAAUGCAGCUCAUACGACAAGCACAACUGCAGCUCCUUCUACAACAACUAUUGAUCCUACGACCAAUACAACAGAAGUACCUACAAUGACAACUGAAGCUCCAAUGACAACCACAACAUCUACUACAACCAUUACAACAGAAGCACCUAUAACAACAACUGUAGCUCUUACGACCACCACAACAGCAGCACCUGCAACGACAACUACAACUGAAGCUCCUUUGACUACUAAAACAGCAGCACCUACUACUACAACUACAACUGAAGCUCUUACGACAACCACAACCGCAGCAUCUACUACUACAAUGAAAACUGUAGCUCCUACGACUUCUACAACUGAAUCACUGACUACGAAAACUGCAACUUCAGCUCCUACGACAACCACAACUGCAGCUCCUACAAUAACAACUUUAGAUCCUACUACCACUACAACAGAAGCACCUACAACGACAACUGUAGCUCCUACAACAACAACUGUAGCUCCUACGACCACCACAACAGCAGCACCUACUACGACAACU